UCGAGGGAGGCGCAGCUGCUGCUGCCGCUGGCCAGGCGCGCAGGGACGGUUCGAGGCUGCGCCGGGGGUUGGCCUGCCCUCCUGGCGGGUCCCACUAUCAUGUCGCUGAGGCAGCGCCUGGCCCAGCUGGCUGGCCGUCUGCAGGAGCCGCAGAAAGUGGCCCGUUUCCAGCGGCUGUGCGGGGUGGAAGCGCUGCCGAGCCGCUCUGCCGACCCGAGGGAGGAUGAGAAGGCGGAGGCGCCCCUGGCCGGAGACCCCCGGCUGCGAGGGCGGCAGGCGGGCGCGUCCGGAGGCCCGCAGCCGCCCGGGAGCGACCGCAAUCAGUGCCCGGCCAAGCCGGACGGCGGCGGCGCCCCCAACGGCGUGCGGAACGGGCUGGCCGCCGAGCUGGGCCCGGCCCCGCCACGGCGCGCGGGCGCCCUGCGCCGCAACUCGCUGACAGGCGAGGAGGGCGAGCUGGCCUGCGUGAACAACUGGCCGCUCUACUACCUGUUCUGCUUCGGCACGGAGCUGGGCAACGAACUCUUUUACAUCACGUUCUUCCCCUUCUGGAUCUGGAACCUGGACCCCCUGGUGGGCCGGAGGCUCGUGGUCAUCUGGGUGCUGGUCAUGUACCUGGGCCAGUGCACCAAGGACAUUAUCCGCUGGCCGCGGCCCGCCUCGCCGCCGGUGGUCAAGUUGGAGGUCUUCUACAACUCCGAGUACAGCAUGCCCUCCACCCAUGCCAUGUCUGGCACCGCCAUCCCCAUUUCUAUCGUCCUUCUCACCUAUGGCCGCUGGCAGUAUCCUCUUUUGUAUGGACUGAUUCUUAUUGCCUGCUGGUGUUCUCUAGUUUGCCUAAGUAGAAUUUACAUGGGAAUGCACUCCAUUCUGGAUAUUAUUGCUGGAUUCCUGUAUGCCAUUUUAAUCUUAGCUGUCUUCUAUCCAUUUGUGGACCUGAUUGACAACUUCAACCAAACUCACAAAUAUGCUCCAUUAAUCAUCAUCGGGCUUCAUUUAGCUUUGGGGAUCUUUUCUUUCACUCUUGACACCUGGAGCACAUCCCGAGGAGACACUGCCGAGAUUCUGGGAAGUGGUGCUGGAAUUGCAUGUGGAGCUCAUGUGACUUGUAACGUGGGUCUAAUAUUGGAUCCUUCUCUAGAUAUGUUACCUUUAGCUAGGCUCCCCAUUACGGUGACUCUGUUUGGAAAAGCCAUAUUGCGGAUCCUCAUAGGGAUAGUAUUUGUACUAAUAGUCAGAAAUACAAUGAAAAAGAUCACCAUUCCUUUAGCCUGUAAAAUCUUCAGUAUACCUUGUGAUGAUAUUCGAAAAGCAAGACAGCACAUGGAAGUUGAACUUCCUUAUCGGUAUAUUACCUAUGGAAUGGUUGGUUUCUCCAUCACAUUUUUGGUUCCUCACAUAUUUUUCUUUAUCGGUAUCUCUUGAUGGAUAAAUAUUGUUUAUGAUAAGAAAGGAGGAUAUCAGUUACUGAUAUCCAAAAAUAUAUUCAGGUAAAAGCCAGAUCAGAGUUAGGCUUUUGCAGGAAUUUAACUUAAAUAAUUAUUUAAGUAAAUUUGUAAGAGUCAGUGCAUUAUAUCAUUGCACACCCAGAUAUUGUUUUAAGUGAGCUGAGCUAUUUCAAUACUGAGAAAAUGAUAAGUAUCCAUUUAGAAUGUUCAUGUAAUGUUUGGAGAGUUUUGUGCUGUUAUGGGUUCAAGUUAUAUAUAAUAUAUAUUAAGGUACGUAAUGUGCAAUUAUAUACCUAA